AUGGCGGAAAAACAGGAAACGCGCGUUGUUGUUGUGACCGAAUCUUCGGACUGGAGAUAUUUGACGAAAUCACAAUUGAACACGAAACUCUUGCUCGCCUGUACGAUUCGCGAUGUACGCACAGCUGAACGGGCAAUCAUGUACGGAGCCAAUGUCAAUUGUCGAAGAUCCGAUUACAUGACACCGUUGCACAUUGCAGCUGAACACGGUGACAUUGAAUUGAUACGAUUACUCUCCAAAUCUCGAAAUCUCGAUCCAGAAGUGAAAACUAUGCAUGGGUUAACCUCCAUGCACAUUGCAGCUUUGCUUGAUCAUACGAGGGUGAUGUACGAACUUUUGAAAAUUGGAUCAAGCACCGACUGCACGGAUAAUCUCGACCGCUAUCCUCUCCACUACGCUGCUCUUCACUCCAAUUUUGAGUGCGCUCGAUAUCUCAUUAGAGCUGGUUCACCGAUUCACGUUUACGACGUUUUUCAAGAAAGUCCUUUGCACAUCAGUGUACUGAAAACCAAGAAUAUACCGAUGAUUAAACUUUUCGCAGCUCAACGUCUGAGACGAUCACCCUUUACUUCGAGAGAUGCACAGUGUUUACUGUUUGAAGCUAUACUCGGUGCUCGUGACGAGUCUCAUAUCAAAAUAAUAAGCAUGAUUCUCCACUACGCCGGGGAUGUUAUAAAUGUGCCUGAUCCGAUUGGUUGGCGAACGCCACUGCAUAUAGUCGCUAUGACCGGGUACUUCGAACUGGCCGAAUACCUGAUGGAUCGUGGAGCAGAUUUAGAAGCGAAAAAUCGUGCUGGACAAACACCGAUGCAAGUAGCCCUCAAUUGCAAAAAUUAUAACAUCGUUCGACUCAUGCAAGAUCGAAUGAAAUCGAUGGGGGAUAAUCUAUCGGAAGUUUCGUAA